AUUCCCAGUUUCCUGCCUUCCUGGUCUCCCAUUAGCCGUUAGAUACGUUCUCGCUCGCUCGCUUGCUCGUUCGUUCUUUCUGCAGAGUUCAUUCUAAUGUCUGUAGCAAUGCGGAGCCUAAUUGCCCGGCGUGUGACCAAGCUCUGUGGUGGAAUCUCCAACCCUCUGUCUCGAACAUGGCUGAAUCAAAAGAGGUCGUACAGUCUGAUACCAAUGGUUAUAGAGCACUCGUCUAGAGGGGAGAGAGCUUACGACAUAUUCUCCCGACUCCUCAAAGAGCGAAUCGUCUGUAUCAACGGCCCCAUUUCUGACGACACAGCCCACGUUGUGGUGGCUCAGCUUCUCUUCCUCGAAUCCGAAAACCCCUCCAAACCCAUCCAUAUGUACCUCAACUCCCCUGGCGGCACCGUCACUGCAGGGCUCGCAAUUUAUGAUACAAUGCAGUACAUUCGAUCCCCAAUUAAUACUAUAUGCAUGGGUCAAGCUGCAUCCAUGGCUUCUCUUCUCUUGGCAGCUGGUGCAAAGGGUGAGAGACGGUCUCUCCCUAAUGCGACAAUUAUGAUUCACCAGCCUUCAGGUGGGUACAGUGGGCAGGCUAAAGAUAUGACUAUUCACACAAAACAGAUUGUUCGGGUUUGGGAUUCACUGAAUGUGUUGUAUUCAAAGCAUACGGGACAGUCCGUAGAGAUAAUUGAGAAAAAUAUGGAUCGGGAUAACUUUUUGACUCCAGAAGAGGCCAAAGAUUUUGGGAUAAUUGAUGAGGUCAUCAAUCGAAGGCCAAUUACUCUGGUGACUGACAAUGUUGGAAAUGAAAGCAAAGAUAAAGGUUCUGAUUAGGAUUUGAGUUUAAGGUG